GGACAGACAGUCAAAAUAAGGCACAACAUACAGGACAGCUGAUCGGCCAUUAGCCUUUCCUGCACACUAUGACGGACUAGUGGACGGCGCUUCAAGCACUGAGGAAAAGGGAGAGCCAGUUCAACCCAAGACGCAAUAGCUGAAGACGAGGAACUGGAGGAUCAGGGCGUACACGUGGACGAAAGUUACGUCAUCGCGUUAAGAGCCGGCCGCGCGCGCGCGCGUAUAGAGCUUUUCCCCAGUAAAGGGCGGACGGGACACCAGCUGUAUAAAGAGCGCGCCCGUCGGUGGCACGCGCGCAGUGAUGGGUUCGCAGUUUUCAGCUCGAGCUGGCGGAGACCGUCGGAGUAAGGAGCGUCUUCUGAACACGGAGAGUAGCGAAGACUUACUGGGAGACGGCGAUGACAGACAGGAUGACAUCGCGCGGUUCCCUUAUGUGGAAUUUACCGGCAAGGACAGUGUCACCUGCCCGACCUGCCAAGGCACCGGCCGCAUCCCGAAAGGGCAGAUAAAUGAAUUGGUGGCCCUGAUCCCAUACAGUGACCAGAGGCUGCAGCCACAAAGAACGAAAUUGUACGUCUUCUUAUCCAUAUUCCUGUGCCUGUUCGUGUCCGGACUGGUUGUAUUCUUCUUGUUCCCUCGGUCAGUGGUUGUGAGCGAUGAUGGAAUCAGAGUGGUUAUAGUGAAAUUUGACCACAAUAACUCCAGAGUCUUCAUUGAUAUGACAAGUACCCUCAACAUUAGCAAUUCCAAUUUUUAUACUGUUUCUGUGGAUUCACUCACCUGCCAGGUCCAGUACAUGAAAACUGUGAUUGGAACAAAGCAGCUGAACAACAUUUCUGUUAUACCACCUCUAAGUGAGAAACAGGUGAACUACACUGUUCGAAUGGAAUUUAGUGGACCUCUAGAAUAUGUAUAUACCUUUUGCACAAUGCCAUCAAUCAAGGUUCACAAUAUUGUUGUCUUCUUGCAGACCACAGUGAAAAGCUCCUACUUGGGACAUCCAUCGCAGAAUUCUCUGGAAGCAUACCGCUAUCUAGAUUGUGGGUCCAAUUCUACAGCAUACAGGAGACCACCUUUGAAUCACUGAAACCACAGUAGUCUUGAUGGGAAUAAUGGUUCAAAGCAGCUUGUAAUUUUGUUUUCAAUAACACUGGACUUGUCCACACUUUUGGUGGACAAUGACUGCAGCUCAUAAAUUUUCUGCACCCUUAUCUUUAUGCAUGGUGGCCAUGUCUGACACCUUUAACUUGUUUUUUUUAUCAAGAACAUGGUGUUUCAACCUCCUGAGUACCCACUUUUUCCACCCCAUUCCUCCCUAAGUAAAUGUACUUUUUCAAAACCUACCUCCCUUGAGAGUCAUCAUGCAGUCCACUCUCCAGCUUCUCACAGCUCAUUAUUGGGUGAGGCUGUUAUGCAGCACAACCAAGCACACAAAUUGAAAUACUCGAGCAGCACCUGACCUGGAAUAUAUAUAUAUUUUCUUUCCCCACCACCCAUCCUGUCCCCAUAGUAGCUGAGUUUCACUUUCCUCUUUGCAUUAGUCCCAACUUGGUUGCUUUUCCUUCCUAGAUUUAGAGUCUGGAUCUUGCCUCUGGUGCUUUCCCCUUUUUUCUAUAUACAAGGUUUUAAAUGUGCUUGGCCUUAACAUGUAGGCAAAAGACAAUCUCCAUUCAAAAUAAUAAUGGACUUAUUGACUGACUGCAAGUGAGGGUUAAGGAUGUGCAAUAGCUUGUUCAUAAGCUAUUGCUUGUGAAUGAUGGGUCUGUUUUAUUUGCACCAGUAAAUAUUUUAAAACUUUCACAUUUGAAUUACAAAUUGUUAACUAGAGUACACAAGGAGCUGAGGAUUGCAAGCCAAAUAUUUUAGGAAAAGAACCAGCUGUAGUACAUAAGUUAACGCUAUCACAGGAGAUGAGCUUUUAUAUCUUAAUGCAACGUAUUUUUCCAAGUUGCAUAGUAUUGUUUGCAUUUCCACCAUAGCAAUUAUUUAAAAUAUGAACUAUUCACUUGUUGCAUAGCCAUAAAACACUAAAUUUGAUCAUAUAGCCUAAUGCAAGUUACCUUGAUCAUUUCAACCCCUUCUGGUUUGGAUGUUUUCUCCCUAGCCUUGGAUAUAUCUUAUUGCACCUGCUAUAGCUAUUGACUGGUUCUUCAAAAGCUAUGCUGUAUGUUUAAAUGGCCCCACAUUUUUGUAUGGAUGCAGAAAGUAAACCCCAAGACAGCUGAAGCUGUUCAAAUUAGACAAAAAUGAGACCUGGUCUUCAAACUAGCUCCAUUGGCGACUGAUUACAAGCUGUUUUUGUUUUAAAUCUAAAUAACUUCAUUGUUUGGCUUGCCGACCCUCAAGGUGACUUGUAUGAAUGUUGGGCAGACUUGACUAAUGCAAAGGGAAGACUAGAGGUAUAUGUUUUUAUUCUUGUGACUCAACAAAUAGGAAAACAAAUCUCUAACAGAGAAUGGAUUUUAUUUUGUGUAAUUUAUUCCAAGAUGUUUUUGUACUCGGUGUUGUAUAGGAUAAGACACACAAAAGUGGAGCAAAAAACAGCCACUGGCAGCUUGCUGUGAGUCAAUUACACUUGAAAUUUAGCCUCUACUUGACUUGCUGCCAAGUUUCAAUACUGCUAGGUAUUUAUGUAGCUGGGUGGUGCCUUUAUUUUUUUUUAAGUAUUGAUUUAGUGUUUCAUUCAUUUUAGACCAUGACCUUUCAUCUGAGUAUUAUGCAUUCAAAUCUUCCCAAUCCGUAGCUAGUUCGUUCUUAAUCAUGCACAAUAUAGCAGAAGCAUUGUUUUUGGGAUUCCAAUCCACCAGUGUUGAAAACAUGAAAUACUGGUACAUGGUGGUUGCUUUUUACUUCAAAAGUGGAGAGGGGAAAAGAAUGCAACAUAAAACCUAAUUUGGUGACUUUCCUAAACUGUAACUCUUCACCCUUUACUUCUUGUGGUUCACCAGUUUGCAAUUGAACUUUUAUUUUGCUGUAUGUCAAUACCCCCACUACUGCUUUAAGCCAGUAUUGUAGCAUUGUAACUGUAUAAGAUUGAUUUUGUUCUGCUCCAAGUGCACUUUGAAUUGAAUCAUCUGUUCUAGCACUCCUACAAAUAUAAAGCUAAUUUGGCAGUUUGCUUAGUUUCACGAGCCGUUGGAGGCUGGUAAAUUGCUCCUGAUCCUCUGCCACUGUAAAUCCAAAGCAUGAGCUGAUGACCUGUACCCAUGGCUUCACGUGCAUGGUUAAUAAAUGUUUUAAUAAAUAGAAUGUUAUCCUGAAAUGUGUAUGGGUUAUGGUUUGAACUGAUUGGCAGUAUUAACAAGGGCUUUUUUUUCUGGCACUAGUAAAUGAGACACUCAAACUUUAAGUGACCCUUGGUUCAACACACUGCUUCACCAUUGGAAGAAUGCUGGAACUUCUGUGGGAGCUUUGGACAAUCCUAUCACCUGUUUUAGUGGCUGUUUUUUGAUCCUACUUGCAGAAAGACCUUGUUUUAUUAUCAGUCCUGUAUUGUGCUGCAUUGUAUUUUUCUUUCGAGGAAAAGAAAUGGGAGCCUGAUCAGGCUGGAAUGUCUUAGCACUCUGAACUGAUGUGCAUUGUUUAAAUGUAAUGCUGUCAGUUAACUAGCACUUUUUCAAAUAAAUGUUGAUUAGAGGACUAGUGUACUGGCUUAUAAUUUUCAGUGGUGAUGUGAAUAGCUGCUCCGGGCUUUUCAAAUGUUUAUUGCUACUGUGCCCUAGUGCAAUUGCUGGAUUGCUAAUCUAGUGCUAUGCCUUGACCAUGUAAUCUUUUUAAUGAGCUAUUAAAGUAACUAUCUGCAAA